UUGCUGGGAGCCCGAGUCACGUGAUCGCCAGAACAGCUGACCCGACUCGACCGGAAGAAGCAACGCCCGGCCGGGGCCUCCAGGCGCGAUGAGGUUCCGGUUCUGCGGUGACCUGGACUGUCCCGACUGGGUCCUAGCGGAGAUCAGCACACUGGCCAGGAUCUCCUCCGUGAAGCUGCGCCUGCUGUGCGGCCAGGUGCUGAGGGAGCUGCUGGGACAGGGGGCUGACUACGAGAAGAUCCUGAAGCUCACGGCUGAUGCCAAGUUUGAGUCGGGCGACGUGAAGGCCACGGUGGCAGUGCUGAGCUUCAUCCUCUCGAGCGCGGCCAAGCACAGCGUGGACGGCGAGUCCCUGUCCAGUGAGCUGCAGCAGCUGGGGCUGCCCAAAGAGCACGCGGCCAGCCUGUGCCGCUGUUACGAGGAGAAGCAAGGCCCCCUGCAGGAGCACCUGCGGGCCUGCAGCCUGCGUGUGAACCAGCUGUCCAGCGUGGGCUGGCGGGUGGACUACACCCUGAGCUCCAGCCUGCUGCGGGCCGUGGAGGAGCCUGUGGUGCACCUGCGGCUAGAGGUGGCCCCGGCCCCGGGGGCCGCAGCCCAACCCAUCGCCAUGUCCCUCUCGGCAGACAGGUUCCAGCUCCUCCUGGCAGAACUGAAGCAGGCUCAGGCCCUACUGAGCUCCCUGGGCUGAAGAUGAGGGUGUCCAGCUGUGCAGAGUCGCCCUGCCAGUGAGAGCCGCUGCCCUCUGACCAUGCUCCAGGGGCCGUCCAGUUCUAGGGUGCUGGGCCCUGGUCUUCCUGGCUUCCCCUAGCCAAUUCAGCCUGGGGCUGCUGAGGCCUCUCCCCACAUUGCCUUCCCACCCGCCUCCGGGAACAGGAAUAAACAGAAGUGUGCAGGA